AUAUCAAUGCAGAGGAACAUUUAAUCAGCUCAAAAUGAUAAAUUUGUGCAAUUACCCAUAUAAUCCUUGGUGAACUACUGUUGGAGAAAAACCCUUUCAGGCUGUAAAGAGGUACAUUCACAUAGUAUUCUAGUAGAUAUUUGUCAACAUUGUAUUACAGCAUUUCAGAAAUACCAUAUUGCAACACUGCAUACAGUUGUCUGCAGUAUAAAUUAAACAUUAAGGAGCACUGAAUUGAGUACAGAUGAACUUACUUGAUGUAAAAAUUAAAGGUGACAAAUCACUAGGUCAUUAUCAGUAGUCUUUAUUUUACAAGCAUUAAGGUUACAUCAAUUUUAGAUUUUAGUAGCACCAUCAACACAAGAAAAACAAAUGAACUAAAACUAAGGGUACACAUUACGUACACUAAAAAGUAUAGUUUGAGCAGAGGUUAGAAAGCAAAGACACCGCAGGGAAUUGAACCCCGUCCUGAGAAUCAGGAGUGCCUCCACCGGAGUCUUUUGCUUUUUUUCUUAUGGAGGUUAAAAAAAGCAAAACCUGAAGGAACAAUCCUAAGAUUGUUCCCUCAGGAAAAGAAAAACCUCAAACCUGCUGCUCUACAAUACUCUUCUACGUCUUGAACGUUUCUUCUUCUUUAGCCUGAAACUACACAAAAGACUGCAGGUUUCCCCCACCAAUCCCCGGAUAAAAUCUUCAAAACAUCCAAAAUGCCAUUGAUACUACUGUAGUCAUUUUGUCCUCAAUACAAAGUCAAAUUUUAAUAUGCUUCUACUUGGAAGAUCAAAUCUCUGACCAGUGAGGUCUUGAACAAGGCUGCACUUGCAUUCAGGUGUGACUCAUUCCUAUUUAAAAGCUGAAACACAAAGAGAAGAGUUUAGAGCCCCCCCCACCCCACCCAACCCAGAGUGUCAUAACCAAUGCAAUACAAAUGUCAUUUACCACCAAACAAUGGUCCAGGUCUCGAAAUCCCACCAACACAGCCAGAAUAAAUCGCUGCCUUUGUAAAUCGUCAUUCCUGUAACUAGACAGAUGCUCGGUUUUCCGUCCCCCCCCCCCAGACUCCCCGAACUAUUUUCAUAAUCUUUUAAAAGGCAAAAGUGCACUUAUAAACUUAUCUCCAGCCAGUGACGCUUUACACCCAAUUCUUCAGAGUAAAGUUUUAGCAAGUCUACAGCUGCAAUGAAAGAGCAAAAAAAGUUUACAAGCCCACACCCCCCUCCCUCCCUAUCCCAAAGCAAUUUAAAUCAAUUUAUAAACCAAUGCAAAAACUGGUUACUCAAUUGCUUUGACCCAAGCACAUCCAUCCACUCCCACGUUAUGGCUCAGUCUCAAUUUUAGUAGAAUCACAACGGCAUACCUGAAAAGAGAGAAAGUGUUGCCCCACCCCUCCCCAAAGCUACCAAAUUCCAAACACGGACAUUGGAUUUGAUUGAAAUUUUAGUGCAAGUGUUAAGUGCAUGCAUAUUUUUAAAAAAGGUGAAUGCUUGUUCUACCCAUACACAGGAUUAAGAUCAACUACAUGUACUUAACUCAGCAGAUAGCAGCAGAGGGAUGCGCAAUUAGCAGCAAAUUAUGACGAAUAUGAGGUUGAUCAGAGCGACUGGAUGUCCCAGUGUUUCAUCAGGCGGUUAGGGCUCUCCCAGACGACAAGACAAUUUUGCUCCCUAAGUGAAAUUGACCUAAGAAAAUGAAGAAUUGGAGGGGGGAAAAACAAAAAACAAAACAGGAAAGACGCGCAGACACACUGAAGGACUUCGGCGAAGGGCUUCCGAGGUUUGGACAAAGCUCUCAAGCGCACAGAAGGGGGAAUCGGAUCGCCAUUCACUCAAGUGAAGACAUUCACCGGUGCAACUGCUCUCACAGACAGCCUUGCAUUCAGAUGCAGUCGAGAAGGCAGGGGGACAAACAGGUAAUCUGAAACAAAGCUUCUACACACAAACACUUCCACCACACCGAUUGCAAUACUAACUGAAUGACUCAACUAAGGAGUUAAGAGAUGUAAAAGAAACUUAAAGUGCAUGAAGCAUAAGAAAAAAAAAUAAAAAAAAAAAAAGGGAGUGUAGCUUCUGAAGCAUUGGUGAUUAAUGUUACUGAAGUUUACAAAAAGUUGGUGCAUGGUUUCUACAGUCAAGUUUAAUGAUUCAGACACCUGGUAACUACAGACUCCACAGGGUGACAUCAUGUAACUUUCACCACACAGCUGGCUGAUGUGAUUUCUGCAGAAGAGAGAGAGAAGUGCAUAGCCCUCCCCACCCCAAACACAGCUUUUUCAGGUAAUGUACAGGCAAUACCAAAUAAAGCUGCACAGUUGCGCAGCUAUUCUCAGCCACUCUAAAUUUGGAGUCUGGAGCACAGUUGUGCAACAGUUGAAAAGACGACUAUUGCUAUACAUUUGUAAAGCAACUUUUUCACCCUGCACAGUUGCGCAGAGUAGUGGCUAGGUAAUUAAACAUUUUAAAAGUAAAGUUUUAAAUCUAUUGUAGCACAACGAACUGUCCUGCCUGCCGAAGCGUUCAGUGGAACCGGGCAAUUUCGGGGCAUAACUUCUUCUGAUAGGUGGCAUUCUUCACGAGGCUUUGUAAGAUUCUGCAAGACCAAAAAUGGCAAAAACAAAGACCCCUACGCCCACCCUCACAAAACAGCCCAAUAUCGAAAUAAAGACAUCAAAUCUGCAAGUUUCAGAUAUCAAAAGUGUAGGCUUAAAGCCAAAGAGACUACAAUUUAAUGCAUAAAGCAUAUCUUCUCAAGUUAGAUUCGUAAAUUUUGCCUUUCCUCCUUCGGCCUGAUCACAGCUGUAGGACUGGACUGAUCUGCCUCUCCACCUUGAACAGAGUUGACUUCAAACCCUGGCAUCCAAGCUCUACAAAAUGCGCCAAGCUUUACACUCAUACCUGAAAAAGCAUAAAGAAAUCCCCAAGAAAGCCCCACAGAUACCCAAAGAAACAAAAUGCAUACCAAAAUAUUUCAAUCACAACAGGCUAUGCAUUUAUUAACUGAAAAUGGGAACAGUUACAGAAUGUACACUUACAUACAAAUUACAAAGCUAAUUUGUGCUCAACCACAGAUCUUACAAUUGUAACACACUAUUAAUGGAAAAAGGUUAGGAACAAAUGAGCUUGCUUAGUGACCUUACGUGACCAAAAGAGGCUGAAGUUGAUUGAUGCGAAAGCAAAUCUUUACAUACAAUGUUAGGAUGACAUCUUCAGUGGAUAGCAUUCAGGGACACUGCACACUGAAAAAUGCAAAAGGGGGAGGAAAAGAAAGCCUACACACAUCCCCACUCUUCAAAAUACAAAAAUUGACCAAACAAUAAGCAACUAAUACAAUUACUGCUUAGACACUUAGCCAUCAAAUUGUAUUCAAGUACAAUACAAUGACAGACAAAAGCAAAUGAAUGCCAUUUACAUGAAUAUCCAAUUACUUGCCAUUAGAAAACGUUAAAAGCGCCUUGGCCUCUAUUGAAGUAGCUUUGCUCCUUAAGUGGGGGAGUGGAGCAGAUAUUGGUUGGACCACCAGCUUUGUUCUUUGAGGGUUUGUUUCAAUCUGUAAGAGUCAAAAUUAAGCAAUCCCCCCAGAUCCACAAACCCCAUAGACAAUAUUCAUACAUACAACCAAUAUCGAUAUACCAUUCAAUAAAGAGACAAAAGAGUGCCAUCAUGAUGUGUGUUAAAUAAAUGGAAGCGUUUGAUCCCAUGCCGCGUUACCCAAGAUGUAAACGUUGGUAUAGCUGCCAUGGAAGGCUUGUAACUGGGCCACUCAUCCACUGGCAGACACACUGGUGGUUCCUUCCCCCAUACAGCGCUAUUCAAGCCACUGCCACCCUUAAUAAAGCUGCUUUCACAAGCUGCAAAGUCUAGGAAAAGAUUUGGGUUAACGGCCCACACCCCACCCGCCCCGUUGCACGUGACAAUCCCCGACAUUCAAUACUGGAAAAAAAACUGUUGAAAGUGUAUGGUUCUCAUAUAUCCAAACAAGAUUUAAUACAAAUCCAAUGAGGUACCUUCCUAUAUCCCAUCAAAGCAGAGGCUUUCCUUGAAGCUUUAUAAGAACCGUUACAGAGCAGUGAACAAUUUGACUCUAAAAGGGUCCACACAACAUCCUGGAAUCCCUUUUGGUUCUAUCGCCUCUAAUGUGAACAGGGCCUGUGGGAAAGAGAACUCGAGAAACGCAUUUGCCCCUCCCCAACCCCAAAAACACUGUGCAAUAACAUCACAUAUCUAUUCAGAAACUGCAUUUGCAAAAUCUGUAUGUCAAUACUUUUACUCAAUACUUUUACAAUAGCGCAUUUACUUUUUUACAAUAGCGCAUUUUUUUUUAUUAUUAUUUUUUUUUUAAAUUAGGAACUUUUGCUCCAAUUUAUCAUUAAAAUUCAUGCAUGAACUCGACAAAAUUUUUACCGGCAGGCAAUACGCAGCUGCCCUGGCAUCAUAUGUCGGACUGACGCAGCGGGUGUGGCAGUAGAGGUAGUUGUGUCGUUUAGGGACGCAGGGUAACCAACUCCGAAAAACCCUUCGUAUGUGGAUUGCUUCUCAGGACAGACCUAAUGGAUUUAAGCGGAUAUGGGGACGACUUUUCCACUGGACUAUAGCCGAAACUCAGUGGAGGCGUGGUCGAUUAAGGACGGUCAUCUCCACAGCACACUAACGGCAUUCAUCAGACUUGGCCAACAACAGGACAGAUGAAACAUCGGAAUUUCAAACAGUCACUCACCACGCCUGAAAAGGAAAGAACAGAACUUCGCGAGCAAAAGUGUUCUGGAAUGCAAACUACUGAAAUUGACUUUUCAAAAUUACACAGGAUACCUCUACCCAUACAAACCAAAUGCCCUCCUCAUGACUUUUCUAUGGCGAUGACCCCCUGAUACUCUCUGCUUGUGAGCCCUUUCUUUCUCUGCUGUUGUUGAGACACCCAUCUUUGGCUUGCUCUGAUCUAGACCAGCUGAGCUCCCCCUGGUGGCCAACGUGGUACGCUAUUCUGCCUUGUGGAUCUGGCUCCCCCUCUGGAUACUGCUCGCUGCUGCUCUUCACCCUGCUCUGUGCCCUCUGAUUCUCCCCUGGUCCUGCCUGGCUCGACUUCUGGUCCUGUUUCUCCCUGGUCCUGGCCUCUGCUGUAGAUCUUUUCUUCCAUCCGUAGUCAUCUAAGAGCUAGGUCGUUACUGGAUAAAAUAUACUCAGUCCAUUUCUCCUUCCCUCGGUACUUCGGUCUUCUGCUGAUAUUUUUAGAUCAUGAAAAACACACUACGCUCCCAUUUCACAGCUGUUACGCAACAUGUGACUCAGUCCAUAAAGCGAUCACUUAGGUGGGUCGUUCAAACACUCAAAUGUGCGUCAUCGUAGCCGAUUAAAAAAGAAAAAAAAAAAGUUCCUAGGCUUAUGAAUUGAAAUACUUGUGUAGAAUUCUUCGAAAACAAAAAGAAUGAAAAAACAGGCUGCUUCUAAAAUCGUUGUCGAUGUCUUUCAAACUAUUAACUCACUUUAUGUUCAGUAAUUUCUUCCUAAAAAAAAAAAACAACGAGAGCGGGCUUCUUUUAAAAAAAAUAGGUUUCAAAAGUAAAAACGAAACAUUUUCCGAUUGUCUGGUGUUUUUGGCAGUAAGCUUUUGUUUAUUAUGUUAUGGUUUGCAGAUAAAAAAGAAAUAAAAGUCUUUUUAAUUGAAAAUCUAUUGUAGUCUUCUUACAGAUAAAUGCGCCUUCACGAUCAUUUAACUUGCUCGUUGUCGCGACCGCCAUUUUGUAAAGGCGUUCUAACGUCGAGAAUGAGAAGCAAAACUAUUUUAAGUCAAGUCUCUUCAGAAAAAAAAAAAAAAUGUUGAAACAAAAAUAUAUUUAAAACUAGCUUAAUAGAACAGUAUAACAUGGUAAUUUAUAGCUGCGUUUUGUUUAGGCUCUUGGUCAGCUGAUUAAAUAUUAAGCUAGUAGUAAAAGAAUCAUGUAUUCAGUUGUAAAAAACUGUAUAUGUUUUAAGUCAAGUUACUUCAGAAAAACUAUGCUGAAACAAAAAUAUAUUUAAAACUAGCUCAACAGAAUAAGAUAACAUGUUUAUUUAUACCUGCGUUUUGUUUAGGCUCUUGGUCAGGUAGUUAAACAUUAGCUAGUAGUAAAGAAGACCUGUAUGUUCUAUUAUACAAAACUGAACAUUUUAUAGUCUCUCGUCUUGUUAGGACCAAUAAGAGGUCGAAUAUUUCUUCAUAAAAGGCACUUUAAAUUAUAAGUAAGCUUUCAAUGUAACUUCUCUACGCUAAAGGUAACUUAUUAGAAGAAAGCCUUGACAUAGUCAACUGUAACAACGUAUAAACUUAAAAGCGAAAAUAAGUUGACAAAGAACAGUUCCUCUAAAUUAUUGUUAAAACAGAAUAAAACGAAGUCACAUCACCAGAUCAACGAAACCUCCCUGCCUUCCUGUGCGCCUCACCCCGUUGUGACGAGCUUUGUUGUUUGCGUGGUUUUUAUAGACCGCGGUAAGGCGGUCAUUUCAGCUUCUUCCGCCGUCUGAUAAAAAAAAUAGUUCCUCUCACAAAGGGUUUUGAUUUAUUUUAGAUCAAGAUAUCCGCCUAUAUAUGACUAUGACUAUUUAUUUCUAUUUUGUCAUUUAUAACAAAAAUAUGUGUGUAAUCAAAAACAGCAUACAAUGUUUUUAUGAUGCAUUGUGUAUUAAAUACCCUUGUUUAAACAUCACGUCAUAUAGGACAUAAGUUCGAAUUAGAACACAAUUGUUCCCAAAACCAAAAGUAGAAGACAUGGAAAUUUGGUAAAUUAUAUAAGGAAUUCCCCAAACAAUUCCGUUUUAUAAUGUAAGACCAACGGUCACAGAUGAGCUGCCCAGAAACGCAGGGUGAUUCAUCACAAAUGCACUUUUCAAACAGAAACAAUUACGUCAGAAGCGCAGUGCGGAGGAAUACAAAAUGGAUCUAAAACCCCCUCUUUCAAUCCAGCACAAACCGGUUUCAGUGCACGGAUCUUCUUUUCUUUUUUCCGCAGUGCCCUAAUGCGCUUGCGUGUCACAUUUGUUGGCUUAAAAAAGAAAUGAUAGAUCAACUCGAAGAAAUACCAGAAUGUUCUAGUUUAACCCAGAUCGAAAGUUAUAUGAAAACAAUCCAGGAUGUUUGGAGGUCAAAAAGUAUACCUUUUACUUUAAAAGGUUAAAACAAUGGCCCAUCAUGACAAAUUGCAGCUUUUGUCAAAUGUUUUUGACUUGAUGUACAUCUUUUGUUGUGCUUUUACACUCUUGUGAGCCGCUUCCGACAAAUGAAUAAAUACAUUUAAACUGAAUUUGAAGAGUUAGUUGACACGUUUAAGGAAAUUCGUUUCUUUGUCACAUUGAUAGGGUGGGUGCGGGGCAAACGAGACCUCCAGCACGUCUCUGGUAUUUGUGCUGACGUUCACAUCAGGACAGGGCUGCUACAAGUGAGAAGGGGGAUGGGCAACACAAAUACACUUAAAACACACGAAAUACCAGUGGAUUGCCUGUUUGUGUCUAAACAUGCAUCAUGUAAUUUGCCAGUAGAAACCUGUUUAGUGACGAAUGCUUUCAGUGUUCGCUUUGUAAACAUCAAUUCAUCUGUUAAAUGGUUUUAUAUUACACUGCGCUAAAUAAACGCAUUGUUUUGGGGACCGUCAAAGUUAAAUGACAGUAUAUAAUCUACAAAAGUUAAAUGCUACAAUUUGUUUUACAUCCCUAGAUUUACACAAUUAUUAUCAGCUGUUAUUCUUAGCUGUAGUCACGUUGUUUGCGCAGCUUUUGAAAUGAGUUUGCAGAUUCGUCAUCAUGAUCAUCAUACAAACUUUCUAAUACUCUAGUAAAAAUAGUCUUGUUUUAUGUACCUCAUCGGUUAAUUUUGCGUCACAAAAUGCUGUGUUGAAUUAAAAUGAAUUCUAAACGUGACGAAUGUGGCAAAGUGUGGAAAGAUCUAGAUGUUUGGGGCAUGGAUUUCAUUUGCAUGUUAACCACUAGAUGGCACGGAUCUUACACUAAUCACAGAACAUUCAUGAAGGACAGUCCAGUUGCCCACGAAUAAACCGUAACAGUCAAAUGACCUGAAUGAAAACCUUUAGCCAAUAAGUUAAUCAGACUCGUUUACACCUUUCCUCUUCAUCUGCAUUAUCACAUAAAAGGCCGUUUCAGUGGAAUGAAUGGUCGCCCAUUUCAACAGUCUUUCAUAUAAAGCAUUUCAGUUCUAAAGAACCAAAGUGUGAUAGACAGAAACGGGAUUUACAAAAAUAUAUUUGUUGUAGUUUCACAGCAACUAUUUUCUGUAUAUGAUGAAAUAGCAUUUUUUAAAAAAAAUAUAUAUCAUAGAAAGAAUGAACAGUGCAUGUUACUGAAUGCUCACUGUCAGGAAGCUGAUGGCUGAUUGAAGGGAAUUUGGAGAUACAGGCAACUCAUACAAAGAUUAAAAAGAAAGACAUACAGACAUUAUAUUGUAUUUUAGUCUUUAAAUAUAGAUUACAUGCCUUUUAAACAUUUAAAAUAUGACAAAUCAAAGAUUUAAUGUUUUAUGGGUAGUUGGUAGGCCUACAUGUCCUGUUUUUAAUCAGCAUCUGACUGUGUAUAUUUAAGGUCCUGUAAAUAGAUUUUAUUUUUUUGUUUUCACAGUUUUUAAUCACUUUUUUGCCUUAAUUAAAUUUAUUUUUAAUUAUCAGAUUCAAUGAUCAUAAAAAUAAACACAAUAAUGAUAAAAGAAUUAACAAAAUGCUCAUGUAAACUACUGUUAUGCUUACAUAAACAAAACAUAGCUGUUGUUUAAACUUCAUAGGUGAUGGGGUGUGAUACGACUGUCUAUAAGAAUUACAAGAAAAAAAAAGACCUAUUUCUAUGUCUGUGAAUAUAAAUAUAAAUGUCUUCCAAUAAAUAAAUCUUGUUAUUGUGAUGUAACAUGAAUUUCAUUCACCCCGUUCUCUGCAUGUAACCCAAAUAACAUGUCAUGCAAUGUCCUUUCACCAAAUCGAUUGUCCAAACCAGAUCGAUUGUGUUCCAACUGUGUUCUCCCCGUGAGGGCGGGUUUUUAUUGAGUUCAAUGUGGAGUCAUUACAUCAUAAUCAGAUGGAUAUUAGGUGAUUGAAUGCCUUGGUGGCAUUAGACUUGUUUCACUCCUGCUGCAGCCUGGUGAAGAAUCAUCUGCUUGUAAACGGAUGCACUUUUGAAUAUAUUUCUUUAGAAGAAAAUUCUUUCUUCGACUUUCUGGAACUUUACAUUUUAAACAGACUACAAAAAGCUACAAGGAUCACAAAUUAUUAUUAUUUUUUUCUUUCAUAAAGUACAAGGGAGGCAUCAACAGAGUAACAUUGCUAAAUACUGAUAGUGUAGCAGUUAUAAGACAUGGAAAGAUACUUCACACCUGUGCGAGGCUCCUCAGAGGAUGAGGUCAAAAUUUACAAACAUUCCCAUCCCAUUCCUCAUCAGCAUCCUCACAACCAUCAUUACCAUCACAACCAUUAUCAUCAACAUGGAUCACACAGUCACAGCUCUUCAAGCAGUCAUGGAAAGCACAGUGAUAGACAUACUCACCAUCAGCAUGACAACCAGCAUCACUCUUAUCCACAUGCACACCCUAAAGUGUCUGAAGAACGCCACCGCUUCACUAAAAGGUCUUCCUCCAGCCUGUCCUCCUCAUCCUCCUCCAAUUCUUCAUCUCCAUCUUGGACCUCAGAGCCCAGCCUGGAUGAUGAGACGUAUCUCAUGCACAAACCCCAGUAUUCCCUGUCCUGCUCCAACAUCUCUGAGGUUCAAAGGAAAAUCAACGAGAGAGAAUCUGAGGACUUUGUUUUUGAUCACAGCGAUCAGAGGCACCGCCACAGCCUGGAAAACGCUGACAAACUGCUCCCCGGUUCUCAGCAUGGACAUGGGAUGGCAAAACUCUCCAGGGGCCAUAGCAAAAGCGAGGAGGGCCUUCUGCAAAAUAAGCACAACGAUUGUUACUCAGCAGAAUCUCAACACAUGGAUCAUGGGCCACUUUACAAAACUGCAAGCCUGGGACAAAGCCUUGCCUUUAGUGGCAAUGUCGACAUCGCACUCGGAGGCAGGGCAGUUCCCAAGAAGGCUGUAUCAACUAUUCAGCUGCCCAGCAAAGGUAUUCUGAAAAACAAAGAUGAGGGACAGAAAGGUGGCAACUUCAGGAAAGCCAAGUCUAUGGAGGUGCUCUCCACCAGGGUGCACGUCACAGAAACAACCAAGCAGAUCUCUAUGGAAGCUGCGAGUAAUAACUUUGUGAAAGGGAAGCUGCAGUUCUCUGCAUUUCUGGAUGAGAUCACCAGGCAGGUUAUCAGUCCCUGUGCACUUAGCUCUUUUGGCGUAGCCACACCAACGCCCCCAAAAUCUCCUAACGAAGAACGCAUAAACCGCAGCGGCAAGCAGGAGAGCGUUGUGUCGUCACCAAAACAGCAGCCCACCAGAGCCGAGAGACCUGAUUCAGGAAAAACCGGUACAGAUUCAAGCUCGCUCUCUCGAUCACAUAAAAGACCCAGCAAACAACAUCAGGACCAAUACCACAACCGAAGCCUGACCAGUCCUCCUCCACCACCACCCCGCCAUCCUUCUAAAGCUGAAAGACAGGGGGCUACUUCAGGUAAACAGCACCAAAGGCAAUAUUCUCAGAUGCUCACUGACGGUACCAGCACCAGCCCUGAAUCUAUCCACCGCCAACUCUCUAAACACAAAGUGCGACAUCAAAGUAGUCACAGCCCAUUUAGGCCUUUGGUUAAGCAGGAGAAGGGAUCACCGCCUCCUCUGCAAGCCCCAGGGCUGGAGUCAGAGUCUCAGUCAAGUAAAUCAUCCACCAGUGCUAGCUCAGAGAAAAGUGACAGACCUAAACACACGGGACACAGGAGGCAGUCUAAACCACACAGGGAUUCGGUCGGUUCUGUGGAGAGAGUUCAGAUGCUGGAGGAGCACAACAAAGAGCUGCAUGAGAACCUGUUGCAGACGGUGGCAUGCAUUGAGAACAUGGAGGCAGAAUUACACUGUACCAAGACUGAGUUAGGCAGCUUCAAAGAGAAAUACAGAAGGCUUCAGGAGAGCUAUUCUGUUUCUCAGCAGGCAAACAGCGUCUUGGAGCAGAAACUCAAAUCUGCGGUAGACAGCUUGGACUCAGAGAGGAAGUUCCUCAUGCAGAGAGUUGUGGAUCUGACUAAACAGCUGGAUACUGCUCAGAAAACCAUCAACUCUCUGGAAACCAUCAAUGUUCACUCAUUGAUUAGCGAGUUGUUGAAAAAUCACUUUGACUCUCAGGAAAGAAUGGAGCACUUCUUAGGUCCUCAAACAUCUCCAGGCCACCCUGAUAACGACCAAUCAGACAGAAACAACCAACCAUCUGGAGGAAAAAGGGAAGUUUUUGAAUGGCCACAGACUGGAGAGACAUGCUCAGGCGUCAGACAACAGCCUGCCACAGCCUUUCUGCCAUGGAAACAUGAUCAUGAUCCAUGGGCAGGGACAGAACAAAUUGUAGUUAAAGGAAGUGACUCACAACUUCUUUUUCCUUUUACUGAUCAUGUGCCAAUCCACAAAACGAUGGCAGACACAAAGGCCCCAAGUCAUCAAAUGCAUCAGUUAGCCAUGAACACAGAGAUCCGCAUUGUUCCCCCAAACCCAUAUAACCUAGAUGAGAUGAAGCUCAUCAGACAGACAGGUGGAGAAGGAACCGUCAUGGUGGGGAAAGACUUCACUGAUUUCAGCCAUUUCACAGCUCAGAGGAUGCUGAAUGAGUUUUUGAAUCAGAUUCCUCCUCCAGUGCAUGAUGGUGAAGGGAAAGAUAGUUUAGAAGCAGUGAUGGGGGCCAGAGAACUAACAGAAGGAAAAGAGUAACAUUCAGUCUGAAGUUUAUAUGGUAAAAGAUAUAAGAACUGGAUGAAAAUCUCAAUAUUGUCCCCCAUUACCAAUACUGCAGGAAGGAUGCAAAUAACUGUAGCUCUAAUGGAUCUUUGUUGGUACAAUUGUUGUAUGCAAAUAAGUAUACCAUCUGGUUUUUUGCUAUAUAAAUUAAAAUAAUUUAGUUUUCAGGUUUCCUGCUUUGAUUUGUGGCUAAAUACAUACAGUACAUAUGUGAAAGGCAUUCUCUGUGUUUGUGUUUUUAUACCUGUUUGCACUUUUUGCCUUGUAUAUUCUGAAAAACUGGUAAUCAAUAAAAUAAUAUCGUUAGAACAAUGUGUUCCAAUCAUAUUAUUUUAUUGAUAACCAAAUUUCCUGUCAAAGAGCUGCUUGGGAAAAGUAAUAUUUUUAAUAUCUUAUUAAUUUAUCUUUGAUUGCUUAAUGUUUGCUAGUAAAAAAAUGAAACUGGAGAGUGAAUCGAACUUCUGUGAAAUAUGUAAAUUAACGGCUGAGACCAUUAAUGUUCAUGUGUCCAUUUAUUGUAUAAAUUAACGAUUAGCAAAGUUUUCAUUGUUGUGAUUCUGAAAUCAAAACCUGUAGAAUGCAAGUUAUAAUUACUGCUAGAAUGCAAAUUAGCCAUAUAACCAUAUAAUUUUAUUGUAUAAUAUCCUGAAAUAUAUUAAUAAAGACUUGCAUGCAAAUUUGCUCUACAUUUAAGAAUUGUUUAUAUUUGUCUAUAUUGUAUUGUUUGAAAAUUUGGUGUCUUUAUAUCCAUAUAAAACACAGUAUGACAUCCAGUUUUUGUGACAUCCAAAGACAUCCAAUUACUUCAACCGAAUUGAAGUUUAAAUUAAAUCAACAUCACAUGAUCAAUACUGCUUUGUUAUAUUUCGAAUGAUCCAUUCCUGGUGUUAUAAUAGAGCAUCUAUAUUCUGUAUAGUCACAGUAGAUUUAGAUCUACACACUGUUUCCAUGAAAAACCACUUCAUAUU